CAGUUUAAACGGACAACUUUUUUAUAUACAAGAUAAUAAAACGCAGCAUCUCUUAUUCACUUUAUUUAAAGAAUUAUUUCUGUAUUUUCGAUAAGUUAAACGGAUUUUUUACAAUGAAAGUAUUCAAUAAGCCAACAAACAUUGGCAUGCUUUUGGCCAUUUCUGCGGCUGCCCUGUUCUCGAUGUCAAUCCCGGCUCAAGCCGAGCUGGUGACCCACCAGGAGUACACGACCAUGACGAUUGUCACACCAAUUCUUGUUGUCCAGGACGAGGAGGAGUAUCACUGGUGGGACGUGAUGACUGGACGCGCUCAUGGCCUUUUCAAGCCCAAGGCUGAUCACGCCAACGAUCUGCUGUCUCGCGGGCAGAAUAAUGUAAUGGAUGCCGGCGAGUAUGUCACCAGCAACGUCGCCGAGUACGGCCAGCAAGCUAAAAACGGAGUCGAAUACCUUGGCCAGCAAGCAAAAGAGGGCGCUAACAACCUCGGCUACAAGGCAAAAGAGGGUGUCAACAACCUUGGGCAAAAAGCGAAAGAGGAAGCUGGCUACAUUGGCGAGCAGGCCAAGGAGGGCGUUAACAACCUUGGACAAAGGGCAAAGAACAACGCAAAUCAAAUUGUGGACAAGGCCAAAAACAAGGCUGACGACCUGAAGCAACGCGUUCAAGACGGCGCCGACAGUCUUGGCCAACGUGUCGCGGAAAAUGCCAAAUAUGUUGGCCAGGAGGCCACAGAUGCAGCCGACAGCGCCAAGAGAUGGGGUCAGGAGAACGUCAGGGGUGCAGCCAAGCGGGUCAAGCAUGCCGAGGAGGAUGUGUACGACAGGCUCAACGUUGACAGCAGGAGGGCAACGCGCAGUACCAAGCACGCUGCGCGCAAGCUUGACCGCAAGAGCACCGGACUAUUUCACAGCGUCCAGAACUACAUAGUGAACAAGCUUCAAAACUUUGCUUCAUUCACCCGCGGUCCCAGCAGCCAGCUGCGCUCGGAAAUCAACGCUGGUGUGGAUAGGCUCAGAGACCUGAUUGAUGGAAGCUCCAAUAGUGCAACGCCCACAUGGCCCGAGAAGGUGCUGUCCGGCAACCGCGACCCUGAAUGUAAUGACUACAUGCAGGAGCUCAACGAUGCAUCACAGCACGCACACUCGCUCGUCAAAUCCAAGCUCAACCUCCACUCUGAGAUCCUCGAGAGUAUUGCGCGCUCACAUGUCACCACGCAGCUUCCCAUUGCCGCGCGCUGUGGUCCGGCCGUUGCUCUGGUACUGCUCUACCUGGUGUUUGGAAUUUGGGCGCGCAAGGGUGAGCUGCGCAGGAGGAUGCAACAGACCGCGGCCGCGACUAACUCUGGCGCCGAAAUGACCCGCGCAUUCCAGCAGGAGUACGCGCUAAUUUCCGACGGCAUUACUCUGUCGAGCACGUACCUGACGAUCUUGCCCAUGGCAACGAGUUUGCUUGUAAUCAUGGAAAUCAAUGAGCUGGCGAGCUGGGUUAUCACUCUGGGCUACACGCUCGUGAUUGCUGGAUCCAUUGCCGGCACGCAGCCGUCUGCCCUGUCGUCCGUCUUCCAGUCCACCGACACUGUGAUCGAGGUCGGACAUCAAGUCACGUUUGCAAUCACCGCGUUCAUUGCCGUGUGCUGUGCCGUGAACGGCUUCAUGUACUGA